GCGCACUGCCAAUAUGUACAUAGGAAGACGGCGCUGACAGAAACAGGUAUCGGCGGUCUGACGGCUGCUUUGGGCUUGCGCCAACAAGGACAUACAGUCACUCUUUUCGAAAGAACGGGUCUUGCGACAGAGACCGGCGCGGCUAUACACAUUGCGCCCAACUGCCAUGGCAUCCUUCGAAGAUUCGGGGUAUUCCCAGAGGCCUUUGGCGCGAACCCUGUCCUAGGUAUCACCGAGUACGGACCUGAUGAGCACUUGAAAUUUGAUCUGGACAUGAGAAAGCCAAACUCGAUCUGGCAGCACCCCUGGGUACUGGCUCAUCGAGUUGGUCUGCAUGAAGAGCUCAAGAAGCAGGCAACUAGUACAGCGGCCAGCGGCACGCCUGCUGUUCUCCACAAAUCAAGUCGAGUAGUGGACGUCGAUUGUGCGAAUGCCACUGUCACGCUCGAAGACGGCACUCGGAUGCAAGGAGAUCUAGUGAUUGGUGCCGACGGAGUCAGCUCUGUAACCCGAAAGUUGGUCGCUGGAGAUGAAAUCAAACCCUUCGGCUCGGGCAAGAGUGCUUUCAGGUUCAUGAUUCCGAGAGACCAGAUCUUGGAGAGCCAGAACCUCAAGAACGUCGUAAAGCGAGACGGCUACAUGACUAUGUGGAUCGGAAACGAUCGGCGGAUCAUCAUGUACCCGUGUUCAGACAACACUCUGAUGAACUUUGUUGCGAUCCACCCUAGCAGUCUUUCGGCCGCGAAGGAAGAGGGCUGGAACCGAACUGGCAGCAAGACAAAUCUCAUUGAAAUCUUUGAGAGCUUCGGUCCUACUGUCAAAGCUCUUCUGGGUAUGGUGGAUGAAGCCUCGCUCAAGGUUUGGACUUUGUUGGACAUGGAAAGGAUCCCCAGAUGGUUCAACGAACGUCUGGUUCUCCUUGGCGACGCCGCACACCCCUUUUUGCCACGUGGCAUUGCUAUCGAAGAUGCAGCCGCACUCUGUGCACUGCUCCCAGUCGACACGCCCCGACAUGAGAUCCCUGACAGGUUGGCACUAUACGCGCAACUGAGAGACGAAAGAGCCCACAAGAUUCAGCACUUUACUCGACUUGCCGGUGCCGAUCUUGACGAUGCUCUUCGUAGCAAGUUUAACAUCAUGGAGUUCACCAACUAUAACUUUGGGCACGACGAAUGGCACAACGCAACCCAAGCACUGAAGAAACACCUUUGGUCACGCAAUGGCGCGAUUCGUUGGCGUUCACCCACCGCGUGGGGACCUUGUCCAAGUCCCCGUCAGGACCACUAUGGUCGGCAAAUAUCCGCCCAAGGCUCGAGAUUCACGACAUACACUGUCAAGUUCAAGACAUCGGCUACACUCUUGAGAACCCUGUUUCCCACGGAAGCCUUCAGUUUCGUCAGCCCGGGCACGGUGGCCGAGGCAAGCUUCAAGUGUACCCAACUCGCCGGGAUGAAGUGGCUGGGAGGCGGCGGAUACCAUUUCUUUGGUAUAUGGAUCCAUGGCGUCCAGUACCAGAAGAAGGAUGGCACACACGAGCUCGGCACGUUUCUACCAGUCCUGUUGGAGAACUCGCCGGACGCCAUCAUCACCGGCAGGGCUGAGCUGGGCAUGCCAAAGUUGUUCUGUGACAUUGCUGUCACCGAGGACUUGGACUCGCGCCGGAUCGUCUGCAGUUGGAGGGGAAGUAAGUUUGUCGAUAUCAAGAUGACAGGUCUCCAAGGUUUGCCAGCUGCUGAGGGACGAACCAAUGGCCAUCACGCGGCGCCUGGUGAGGAUACCAACAGCUCCAACGGCCCUAUCAAGGAGGCAAAUGCAUCUGGAGGCAACAACAUUCUCACCUACAGAUCAGUUCCGUCGGUUGGCGUUCCUGGCGCUUGCGAUGCUGAGUACGCUGUGGUCAUUGAUGCAGAGGAAUCUAGGGUACCGACAUCCAUCGAGAAGACGCUCAAGGGAACCAAGGCCUCCAUGUCAUUCUCCGAGAAUGACUGGGAGACUUUGCCUACACUGCAUCAUAUCGCGAGCGGAUUUGCAGAGAUUCCGGUUUAUGACAUUGUCGAUGUCCGGGUCGAGGAAGGACAGGGUAUCGAUGACUUGGCCCAAGCACGCAGGAUCGAAUAG